CGCCCCGUCGCCCGCCUCCCUGCGCUGACGGCCGCGUACGAAGCCGGCGAGGGGGAGCCAGCCACCGCGGUCGCCGGCACACCGCCCAGCAUGGUCCGGGAAACCAGGCACCUCUGGGUGGGAAACUUACCGGAGAACGUGCGGGAAGAGAAGAUCAUCGAACAUUUCAAACGAUAUGGCCGCGUGGAAAGUGUCAAGAUUCUCCCCAAGCGGGGGUCUGAAGGAGGAGUGGCUGCCUUUGUGGAUUUUGUGGACAUCAAAAGUGCACAGAAAGCUCACAACUCCGUUAACAAAAUGGGAGACAGAGACCUACGCACGGAUUAUAAUGAACCAGGCACUAUUCCAAGUGCUGCUCGGGGAUUGGAUGAUACAGUUUCCAUAGCAUCUCGUAGUAGAGAGGUUUCUGGGUUCAGAGGAAGUGGUGGAGGGCCUGCUUAUGGCCCCCCGCCAUCACUUCAUGCACGAGAAGGACGCUAUGAGCGGAGACUUGAUGGGGCUUCAGAUAACAGGGAGCGUGCUUACGAACACAGUGCCUAUGGACACCAUGACCGGGGGACAGGAGCGUUUGAUCGGACAAGACAUUACGAUCAGGAUUACUAUAGAGACCCUCGAGAGCGGACUUUACAACAUGGACUCUAUUACACUUCUCGGAGUCGAAGUCCAAACCGCUUUGAUGCUCAUGACCCCCGAUACGAAGCUAGGGCUCGGGAGCAGUUUACACUGCCCAGUGUGGUACACAGGGAUAUCUACAGGGACGACAUCACCCGGGAGGUACGAGGCAGGAGGCCAGAGCGCAGUUACCAGCACAGCAGGAGCCGCUCACCACACUCGUCCCAGUCUAGAAACCAGUCUCCGCAGAGGCUGGCUAGCCAAGCGACCAGGCCCGCCCGGUCCCCCAGUGGCAGCGGCUCUAGGAGUAGAUCCUCCAGUAGCGACUCCAUCAGCAGCAGCACCAGCACCAGCACCGACAGUACUGACUCCAGCAGCACCUCCAGUGACGACUCUCCAGCCCGCUCAGUUCAGUCUGCUGCAGUCCCCGCGCCCACUUCCCAGCUGCUUUCGUCUCUUGAAAAAGAUGAGCCCCGGAAAAGUUUUGGGAUCAAAGUUCAGAAUCUUCCAGUCCGCUCUACAGAUACAAGCCUUAAAGAUGGCCUUUUCCAUGAAUUUAAGAAGUUUGGCAAGGUGACUUCAGUGCAGAUCCAUGGGGCCUCCGAGGAGAGGUACGGCCUGGUGUUCUUUCGGCAGCAAGAGGACCAAGAAAAAGCACUGACCGCAUCAAAGGGAAAGCUUUUCUUUGGCAUGCAGAUCGAGGUGACUGCAUGGAUAGGGCCAGAAACAGAGAGUGAAAAUGAGUUCCGGCCCUUGGAUGAGAGGAUAGAUGAGUUCCAUCCCAAAGCAACAAGGACUCUCUUUAUUGGCAACCUCGAGAAAACAACUACUUACCACGACCUUCGAAACAUCUUUCAGCGCUUUGGAGAAAUUGUGGACAUUGAUAUUAAGAAAGUGAACGGAGUCCCUCAGUACGCGUUCCUGCAGUACUGUGACAUUGCCAGUGUGUGUAAGGCCAUCAAGAAGAUGGACGGAGAGUACCUUGGAAAUAACCGCCUUAAGCUGGGUUUUGGGAAGAGCAUGCCUACAAACUGUGUGUGGUUAGAUGGGCUUUCUGCCAACGUGUCCGACCAGUAUUUAACACGACACUUCUGCCGAUACGGGCCCGUGGUAAAGGUGGUGUUUGACCGCUUAAAAGGCAUGGCUCUGGUUCUCUACAAUGAGAUUGAGUAUGCACAAGCAGCUGUCAAGGAGACCAAGGGCAGGAAAAUUGGUGGCAAUAAAAUUAAGGUGGACUUCGCAAAUCGGGAAAGCCAGCUUGCGUUUUAUCACUGCAUGGAGAAGUCUGGUCAAGACAUCAGAGACUUCUAUGAAAUGCUAACAGAGAGAAGAGAGGAACGAAGAGGAUCCUAUGAGUACAGCCAGGAUCGGACGUACUACGAGAGUGUUCGCACCCCAGGCACCUACCCUGAGGACUCCAGGAGGGACUAUCCGGCUCGAGGGAGAGAGUUUUACUCCGAGUGGGAAACAUACCAAGGAGAGUAUUAUGAGUCCCGGUACUAUGACGACCCUCGGGAGUACAGAGAGUACAGGAGUGAUCCUUACGACCAAGACAUUCGGGAAUACAGCUACAGGCAGAGAGAACGGGAGCGAGAACGGGAGCGAUUUGAGUCAGACCGGGACCACGAGAGGAGGCCCAUUGAGCGAAGUCAGAGUCCCCUGCACUUGCGUCGUCCACAGAGUCCUGGGGUGUCGCCUACACAUCCGGAGAGAUUGCCAAGUGACUCUGAGAGGAGGCUGUACCGCCGGUCCUCAGAGCGGAGUGGGAGCUGUAGCUCAGUGUCCCCGCCACGGUAUGACAAACUGGAAAAAGCUCGGCUAGAACGCUAUACAAAAAAUGAAAAGACAGAUAAAGAGCGAACUUUUGAUCCUGAGAGGAUAGAGAGGGAGAGACGAAUAAUUCGGAAGGAAAAGUUAGAAAAGGACAAGCCGGACAGGCAGAAACGAAAAGGCAAAGCUCAUUCCCCCAGUUCUCAGUCUUCCGAGACGGAGCCUGAGAACGACCGAGAGCAGAGCCCUGAGAAGACCCGGCCUCCGGCCAGAGCGAGCAGAGACAGGGCCGACAGGGAAGGGCCAGCCAGGAACCGCCUGGAGCUCAUGCCUUGUGUGGUUCUAACGCGAGUAAAAGAGAAGGAAGGGAAAGUCAUUGACCACCCCGCCACGGACAAGCUCAAAGCCAGGCUCGAUCACGACACCAUUAAGUCUUCAGCCCCGGAUCAGAAAUCCCAGGCCGCUCAGGGGGAGCCUGCCAAGUCAGACUCGUCAAAGGUGGCGUGUGCUCGAGGGGAGGUGCUGAGGGACAAGGCCCUCGCAGGCCACGCACAGAUGGCAGAUAAGGAGGUCAGGCCUAAGCUCAGGAAGCACCUCAAGCCUGAGCAGACGCCCGAGCUCAGCGCGCUGGACCUGGAGAAGCUGGAAGCAAGGAAAAGGCGCUUUGCUGAUUCCAACUUAAAAGCAGAAACGCAAAAACCAGAAGUCAAGAAAAGCAGCCCCGAAACGGAGGACACUCGAGUGCUUUUAAAGAAGCAGCCUGACAUGGCGAGAGAUGGUGUGUUGCUGAGGGAAGGAGAGUUGGAAAGAAAGCCUGUGCGAAAAGAAAUCCUUAAAAGGGAAUCAAAAAAAACAAAGCUGGACAGACUUAAUUCAGCUCCUAGCCCCAAAGACUGCCAGGAGCCUGCUGCUGUCUCUGCAGGGCCUGGCUCUCGGCCCAGCUCAGAUGGACACGCAGGCCUGGGAGAACCAACACACGGAUCUGCGGAGAAUCAAGAAACUCCACCCAAAAAAGCUGUCCCCUCCAAGCCUCAGCCCAGACAGCUUCAGCUCCUAGAUAGUCAAGGGCCCGAGAAGGAGGACAUCAGGAAAAACCACUGCCGUCUCCGUGAUGAGCCAGCGGAGCAUAAAGCAAGCCAGGAGAAGCCGCACGCAGGACAUGCUGAGGAGAAGCUUGGCAUUGACAUCGAUCACACACAGAGUUACCGGAAACAGAUGGAGCAGAGUCGCAGAAAACAGCAGCUGGAGAUGGAGAUAGCGAAGUCUGAGAAGCUUGGCAGUCCUAAAAAAGAUGCAGAUGAGUACGAAAGACGAAGCCUUGUUCAUGAGGUGGGCAAGCCCCCUCAGGAUGUCACUGAUGACUCGCCUCCCAGCAAAAAGAAAAGGCUGGAUCACGUUGAUUUUGAUAUCUGCACCAAGAGAGAGAGAAAUUACAGAAGUUCACGCCAAAUCAGUGAGGAUUCUGAAAGGGCCAGCUGUUCCCCCAGUGUCCGCCACGGGUCCCUCCAUGAAGAUGAUGACCCCCUGGGCUCCCCCAGGUUACUGUCAGUAAAGGGGUCUCCUAAAGUGGAUGAAAAAGGUCUCCCCUAUACUAAUGUAACCGUGAGAGAAGACCCCUUAAAGUUUAACCCUUACGAUUCUGGCAAGAGAGAACAGGUGGCUGACAUGGCCAAAAUAAAGCUGUCUGUCCUGAAUUCUGAAGGUGAGCCAAGUCGUUGGGACCCUCAGAUGAAACAGGACCCCAGCAGGUUUGAUGUCAGUUUUCCUAACAGCAUAAUUAAGAGAGACAGUCUACGAAAGAGGUCGGUACGGGAUCUGGAGCCUGGUGAGGUGCCCUCUGACUCUGACGAGGAUGCUGAGCACAGAUCCCAGUCACCCAGAGCCUCCGCCCUCUAUGACAGCCCUCGCCUGUCUUUUUUAUUAAGGGACAGAGAUGACAAACUACGUGAGCGAGAUGAAAGACUCUCCAGUUCUUUAGAAAGAAACAAGUUUUAUUCUUUUGCGUUGGAUAAGACAAUCACACCAGACACAAAAGCUUUGCUUGAAAGAGCAAAAUCUCUUUCUUCAUCCCGUGAAGAAAAUUGGUCUUUUCUUGACUGGGACUCCCGGUUUGCUAAUUUUCGAAACAACAAAGAUAAAGAAAAGGUCGACUCUGCCCCAAGACCCAUUCCAUCCUGGUACAUGAAAAAGAAGAAAAUCAGGACCGACUCCGAGGGGAAGACAGACGAUAAGAAGGAAGACCCCAGGGAGGAAGAGCAGGAGAGGCCAGAGCUCUUCGCCUCUCGUUUUUUACACAGCUCCAUCUUUGAACAGGACUCCAAGCGGCUGCAGCAUCUUGAGAGGAAAGGCGAGGAGUCUGACCUCCCUCCAGGGAGGCUGUACAGCAGACAGCUGUCUGAGGGUGCAAGCAGCACAAGUGACUCGGUCCAGGAGCCAGUGGUCCUGUUCCACAGCAGAUUCAUGGAGCUCACUCGGAUGCAGCAGAAGGAGAAGGAGAAGGACCAGAAGCCCAAAGAGGCUGAGAGACAGGAGGACCCAGAGCAUCAUCCCAAGACCCCAGAACCUGCCGCCGCUGAGACUAAAGAGCUGGAGCCCAAAGCCCCUGUCUCAGUUGGGCCUCCUGUCGUCAGUGCUGUGACACCAGAACCAGCAUCAGCUGCACCAGAGAAGGCUGAGAAGACGGAGGCAGCUUCACUGGCAGGAGAGAAGCCCGUGGAGCCCGCCCCUGUCUUAGAAGAAACAAAGUUUGUGUCUGAGCCAGCUUCUGUCCCCGUGGAACAGCCCAAGCAGGUGGACAUCCCCCCAGGAGAGGACACCAAUGAAGGUGCCACGGUGGCACCUUUGGCUUCUCAAGAAAGCUCAGCUACUGACGCUGCUCCUUGUGUGGAUGCCGAGCCUCUGACUCCAGGGGUUGCAGUUUCCCAGGUAGAAAGCCCUGUAGACCCAAAACCCAGCAGUCCCCAGCCACUCCUAAAACCAACUCAGACAUCUGAGGAAACUGAAGAGACGAAAGUGGAGAAGCCAGAAUCAGCUCCGAGCAUUGAACCUGAUGCCACUCAGAGAGCUGGAAUCACGCCUGAAGUUCAGCCCCCGGCUUCUGAAGACGUAGAGGCCAAUCCUCCAGUCACAGCAAGAGAGAAGAAGACAAACAAAAGCAAGCGCUCCAAGACACCAGUCCAGGCAGCUGCUGCAAGCGUCGUGGAGAAGCCUGUCACCAGGAAGAGCGAGAGGAUAGACCGGGAGAAGCUGAAGCGGUCCGGCUCCCCUCGCGGGGAAGCACAGAAGCUGUUGGAACUGAAGAUGGAGGCAGAGAAGAUUACAAGGACUGCAUCUAAAGGCUCGGCGGCAGAGCCUCAGCACCCUGAGCCUAGUCUGCCCCUCAGCCGAACCAGGCGCCGGAAUGUCAGGAGUGUUUAUGCCACCAUGGGGGACCACGAAGGCCGCUCUCCAGCUAAAGAGCCUGCUGAGCAGCCCAGAGUGACCAGGAAGAGAUUGGAACGGGAGCUGCAGGAGGCCGUGGUAGCUCCCCCCACCCCUCGGAGGGGAAGGCCUCCUAAAACACGCCGGCGUGCUGAGGAAGAUGAUGAGCAGGAGACGAAAGAGCCAGCUGAGGGGUGGAGGUCUCCAAGGUCUCAGAAACCAGCAACUGCCAGCGGGCCACAAGGGAAAAGGGGGAGAAACGAGCAGAAAGCUGAGGCUGCUGCUGAGGCCAGUGCCCAGGUGAACACAAGAGAAAGUAAGGCCAGGGGUGACAAAGAAGCAGGAGGUGAGCUCAAACGGGACAGAAAAGAUGCCAACACAGACAAGAAUGUGACUGACACCCUCCCAGCUGAAGUAGCAGAGAAAAAACCACCUCCUGAGAAAACCUGCAAAUCAAAGAGAGGUCGUGCUCGCAGUACCAGGUCAGCAAUGGACAGAGCUGCACAUCUGAAAAGCCUGGAAAUGGCCACCAGGGCAGCAGGGCAGGCAGUGGACAAGGAGGCUGGGCCUGUGGCAGUCUCUCCAGAGAAAAAUGAGAGCCCCCAGAAGGAAAGUGGCUCCUCAUCUCAGCUGAAAAGUGACCUAGUUGAUCCUGACAAGGAAGCAGAGAAGGAAGGUCUGUCUGCUGCCACGGUGUCCCCACAAGCCACACAGCUAGCCAAGCAGACGGAGCUGGAGCAGGCUGUGGAGAACAUCGGGAAGCUCGCCGAGCUCCCUGCUGGGGCAGCUAACAAGGGAGCAGCCCCAGGGGCAUCUGAAGGCCCCGUCGCCGCUGCAGAGGACGGCCCCAAGCCUGCACACCAGGCGUGCGAAACGGAACUGGCUGCGGCUAUUGGCUCCAUCAUCAGCGACAGUUCCGGAGAGCCUGAGAACUUCUCCGCUUUGCCCUCUUUCCCCCCAGGAUCUCAGACACAUCUGCAGGAAGCAGUGGAGCCGGGGCCCCAUGAGGAUGUGUCUGAAACCUUGGAGACAGGGCCUGCUGCAGAGUCUUCUGCCCCACAAGUCGGUGCCUCGGACCCAUCAGCAGGCUCUGCAGAUGCCAAGGAAGCCAAGGGGAACAGCAAUGACUCUGUACAGGAAGCCAAGGGGUCUAAAGUGGAAGUCACUCCUCCCCGGAAAGACAAGGGGCGUCCAAAGACAACACGAUCACGCCGGAAAAGGAAUACAAACAAGAAAGUGGUCCCAGCCACAGAGACCCGUGCCUCUGAGGCUGAGCAGCCUCAAAGUGAGAGCCCUGCUGCCAACGAGGCGACAGCAGCACCCCCAGAAGCUCCCCCAGAAGAAAAGCUGAGUGAGAAGCCUUGUUCCCCUCCUUCUGGGGAGUGCACUUCUGAUCCAAGCAAGAGUCCACCUGCUGAGAGUCUGCCCCAGGAAAGCAGUGUUGAAGAAAAGACUCCAUGCAAAGCCCCUGCACCCCCUGACCUGCCCCCCCUUUCCCAGCCAGCGCUGCUGGAUGAAGAACCCCAAGCUAGGUUCAAGGUGCAUUCAAUCAUCGAAAGUGAUCCAGUGACCCCACCCAGUGACUCAAGCAUACCUCCACCCACAAUUCCUUUAGUGACUAUAGCAAAGCUCCCACCCCCUGUCAUUCCUGGGGGAGUCCCACAUCAGAGUCCCCCUCCUAAGGUGACAGAGUGGAUUACAAGACAGGAGGAGCCUCGGGCUCAGUCCACCCCAUCUCCAGCUCUUCCCCCAGACACAAAGGCCUCUGAUGUGGAUACCAGCUCCAGUACACUGAGGAAAAUCCUCAUGGACCCCAAAUAUGUAUCGGCCACAGGUGUCACUUCCACAAGUGUCACUACAGCCAUCGCAGAGCCCGUGAGUGCCGCUCCUUGUCUACAUGAGGCGCCAGCCCCUCCAUGUGAACCCAAACACCAUCCUCCUUUAGAAGAAAAGUCAGUGGCUGCAGUGUCAAGUGCCUCUGACACUCAAGCCUCAGAGGUGCCAGGAGCUGCUGACAAAGAGAAGGUGGCUCCAGUUAUUGCCCCUAAAAUCACAUCUGUUAUUAACCGGAUGCCCGUCAGCAUUGACCUGGAGAACUCACAGAAGAUAACGUUGGCGAAGCCAGCUCCUCAGACCCUGACUGGCCUGGUGAGUGCCCUGACUGGCCUGGUGAAUGUCUCUCUGGUCCCAGUGAAUGCCUUAAAGGGUCCUGUGAAGGGCUCAGUGGCCACCCUGAAAGGUCUAGUGAGCACCCCUGGUGGGCCUGUGAAUCUCCUAAAGGGGCCCGUGAAUGUCCUCACUGGGCCUGUCAACGUUCUGACCACUCCAGUGAGUGCCACAGUGGGCACAGUGAACGCUGCUCCGGGCGCCGUGAAUGCUGCUGCUGGUGCAGUGACUGCUGUGUGUGGUGCGACUGCCACAACAGGCACGGCGGCCAUGACAGGUGCGGUGACUGCGCCAGCAGCCAAAGGCAAGCACAGGUCGAGCAGCAAUGAAAACAGUCGCUUCCACCCGGGGUCCAUGUCAGUGAUUGAUGACCGCCCAGCAGACACGGGCUCUGGGGCGGGGCUGCGUGUGAACACUUCAGAAGGGGUCGUGCUUCUGAGCUACUCGGGCCAGAAGACGGAAGGCCCACAGCGGAUCAGUGCCAAGAUCAGCCAGAUCCCUCCGGCCAGUGCUAUGGACAUUGAGUUUCAGCAGUCAGUGUCAAAGUCCCAGGUGAAAGCCGACUCUGUCACACCCUCCCAGUCUGCACCCAAAGGCCCUCAGACUCCUUCAGCCUUUGCAAAUGUGGCCGCCCAUUCUACCCUGGUCCUGACUGCCCAGACAUACAAUGCCUCUCCUGUCAUCUCCUCGGUGAAGACAGACCGUCCAUCCUUGGAGAAGCCCGAGCCCAUUCACCUCUCAGUGUCCACGCCUGUCACCCAAGGUGGCACAGUGAAAGUUCUCACCCAGGGCAUCAAUACACCCCCCGUGCUGGUUCACAACCAGCUUGUCCUCACCCCAAGCAUAGUGACCACUAACAAGAAACUUGCUGACCCAGUGACUCUGAAAAUAGAGACCAAGGUCCUACAGCCAGCUAACCUGGGGCCCACCCUCACUCCCCACCACCCUCCCGCCCUGCCCAGCAAACUGCCUACGGAAGUGAACCAUGUUCCUUCCGGACCCAGCACCCCGGCAGAUCGAACCAUCUCCCACUUGGCAGCCACAAAACCAGAUACACAUUCUCCUCGACCUAGUGGGCCUGCCACAGGCCCGUUCCCAAGGGCGUGCCAUCCCAGCAGCACCACAUCCACAGCGCUCUCCACCAAUGCCACCGUCAUGCUGGCUGCGGGCAUUCCGGUGCCACAGUUCAUCUCCAGCAUACACCCAGAGCAGUCUGUCAUCAUGCCGCCGCACAGCAUCACUCAGACCGUGUCCCUUGGCCACCUGUCACAAGGCGAGGUGAGAAUGAAUACGCCCACCUUGCCCAGCAUCACCUACAGCAUCCGGCCAGAGACGCUGCACUCUCCUCGGGCCCCUCUGCAGCCCCAGCAGAUAGAGGCGAGGGCCCCCCAGCGUGUGAGCACCCCGCAGCCAGCCACAGCUGGAGUACCUGCUCUGGCCGCACAGCACCCUCCUGAGGAAGAAGUUCACUAUCACCUCCCUGUGGCUCGAGCUGCAGCCCCCGUGCAGUCGGAAGUGCUGGUCAUGCAGUCUGAGUACCGGCUGCACCCAUACACUGUGCCCCGGGACGUGAGGAUCAUGGUGCAUCCGCAUGUGACUGCUGUCAGUGAACAGCCCAGGGCCACAGAAGGGGUAGUGAAGGUGCCGCCAGCCAACAAGGCUCCCCAGCCGUUGGUGAAAGAGGCUGUUAAGACUUCAGAUGCCAAAGCAAUCCCAGCCCCAGCCCCCGGCCCUGUCCCUACUCCCGCCUCGACCCCUCACGGUGAAGCCCGCAUUCUCACAGUCACCCCUAGCAGCCAGCUUCAGGGUCUGCCUCUCUCUCCACCUGUGGUCGUAACCCACGGGGUGCAGAUUGUGCACUCCAGCGGUGAGCUGUUCCAAGAAUAUAGGUAUGGCGACAUCCGCACCUACCAUGCCCCAGCUCAGCUCACACAUACUCAGUUUCCUGUCGCCUCCUCCAUCAGCCUACCCUCCAGGACCAAGACUUCCGCCCAGGGCCCCCCUGAAGGUGAGCCCUUGCAGACCACGCAGCCUGCACAGUCUGCCCCGUCUACGCAGUCCACACAGCCUGCACCACCUGCCCCACCCUGCCAGCCCUCCCAACUCAGCCAGCCUGCCCAGCCACCGAGUAGCAAGAUUCCUCAGGUCUCCCAAGAGGCAAAGGGGACGCAGACAGGAGGGGUAGAGCAGACCCGUCUCUCAGCUGUCCCCACAAACAGGCCACCUGAGCCCCAUGCUCAGGUUCAGAGGGCACCAGUGGAAACAGGCCAGUCGGCCCACCCUUCCCCUGUGUCAGUGUCCAUGAAACCAGACCUCCCAACCCCUCUUCCCUCUCAGGCUGCCCCAAAGCAGCCACUGUUUGUCCCUGCAACCUCAGGCACAAGCUCCCCACCUGGACUGGCUCUGCCUCUUGCUGAAGCCCAGCCUGCCCCCAAACAAGACUCUUCUACACACGUCACUCCACAGAGGCCUGUGGAUAUGGUCCAGCUUCUGAAGAAGUAUCCCAUCGUGUGGCAGGGCUUGCUGGCCCUUAAGAACGACACGGCCGCUGUGCAGCUCCACUUUGUCUCCGGCAACAACGUCCUGGCCCAUCGAUCCCUGCCUCUCUCUGAAGGUGGUCCCCCACUGAGGAUCGCCCAGAGGAUGCGGCUAGAGGCGUCGCAGCUGGAAGGGGUUGCCAGAAGAAUGACAGUGGAAACAGACUACUGCCUUCUGCUGGCUCUGCCCUGUGGUCGUGACCAGGAGGACGUGGUGAGCCAGACCGAGUCCCUCAAGGCUGCCUUUAUCACCUACCUGCAGGCCAAGCAAGCAGCAGGGAUUAUCAACGUUCCCAACCCUGGCUCCAAUCAGCCCGCCUAUGUGCUGCAGAUCUUCCCUCCCUGUGAGUUCUCUGAGAGUCACCUCUCCCGCCUCGCCCCGGACCUCCUUGCCAGCAUCUCCAACAUCUCUCCCCACCUCAUGAUUGUCAUUGCCUCUGUGUGAGGCUCUGAAUGGUCGCCACCUCAGGCCAUGUUCCUGAGGCUCUGCUGCAAAAACAAAACAAAACAAA